AGUUUUAUUAUAAUAACAUAUCCACAAUAUAGACAUAUACCCCAUACAAGGAAAUAUUUUGAAAACCACAAAUAUUCCAGGGUAUAUCAGAUUACUGCUAAUCUUCCUUCUUCUUUCUACCCAGUUCCUUUUUACCUUUUUACGGAUAUGAUUAUAUGUUAUAGAAUCUUUCAUAUAAAGAGAUAAAGCUAAGUCAGUAAUCAAUUGACUAGCAGGAAAUUUGUAUUUAUGUUCGUGUGACAAGAGGAAAUACACUUAAUGCUAGUCCAUCUUUAAACUUUUAUUUGUGUUCGUAUUAGAAAUUUGUGAAGGUGAAAUCAUUUCCGCAUGAGUAGAGGAAGUAAUACGGAUUUAUAUAUUUAUUGAUUCAAACUCGUGAUGGCGGCGGUGAACGUCGGACCUUCAUCAUGGACGUGUGAAGUAGUGGGGGACUUUACCCCGGUAUUUGACAACUUCCUAUUGUGUAUGACGACCCCGUCUCCGGACGACGUUCUACAGAAAGGCGAGAGGUUACGUUCCGAAGACGAAUUGGAUGACGGCAAGCUCAACUACUUUCCUCUAUCACCAAAAAGAAACUCGACCUCUAGUAGCUCAAGUAGUUCUAGCAGUGAAUCGGAAGCGGAAGAGGCGGAACUGAAAGUAUUACAACUACGGAGAUCGCACUCAGGACGACUUAGAAAUUUCUGGAACAGGGACUGCUUGUUUCGUCUGGAAUCCGCCCACAAUCCAAUGGACCGGAAAGAUGUGUAUCACGUGGUCAAAGAUGUUUAUGACGUUGCCGAGAAAGAAAUGAGAAUCAACGACCGACUGGUCUCUAUAAAUGAUGAGAACACGAAAAACAAAUCAUUAAAAGACGUUGAAAAUAUGUGGGAACUACUCAGAAAAGCUCCAGUGAUACACUUGAAAGUCUGGAGAUGGAUACUUGAUAUGAAUGGCGAACAGAUAUUGGAGAUCAAGAUAGUAUUCCGGACUAGUGAAGGAAUGUACCAAGAGCUCUCCUCUUCAUCACUAGGCAAAAAACUUCCUCGAAGAGUUACAAAUCUUAAAUGGACGUCCUCAAAGUUCCGGCCAUUCCAUUUGCGGAUAGCCUGUAGAACAGGGAUAUACGUCUCCGCCAACGUGGAGGAUAUGGCGUUAUAUGGGGAUUACAUACAAAAAAACCCAAUGCAAUACCGUUUUCGCUUUCUGAUUCGGUUCUUUGAGUGUAUGGUAGUGACCGAUGACGGAAAGAUCAACACAAGAAUUGGAUACGUGGCAAAAUAUAAAGAAAAUGGGACAUACUUCGACAUUUCAUCAAUAAUCACCGAAUCUGCUUCCACUGUAAUUCUGAAGCCUCACGUAUCAUACAAGAAUGUACCAGAUGAACGAUACUUCAUUAUGUAUGAGGUCGAGAACGACGAUGACGUGUUCGAGUCUCUACUUUACGAAAAUAUGUUCAUGAAGUUUAACAACGAGACCAAAAAAGUUACCAUGCAAGAGCGCCAAGCACCAGGACCAUUCUACUUGUUUGAAGCGUUUGUGGCCCGUGGGAGUAAAUCACCACAGGUGGACAUUAAUUGUUUUUCAGACGGGGGACGUUUGUUUGCGUUCGAACCGAUACCUGAAGAUGACUGCGCCUGUGAAUCUUAAAUAGUUCUAAUGUCUACCAUGGGUGGAUCCAGGAUUUCAGUUUAAGAUGGGUGAUAGAAUAGUUUGAGAGGUUAUGGGGUUUAGGCCCCCAGAGGGACCAGAGAGGACGAAGCCCACGGAAGCUUUCGUGUUUUACUGUAUUUUGAUUGUUUUACGUUGUAAAGAUUUAUGAUUCGUAAUGAAGUACUAUUUUCAAUUUCAUAACAGAAACAUUAUUUGUAAUUCGUUAAAAAAGACUGUUUCUAGGGAAAUUGUUGAUAAGGGCGGGGGAGGGGUAUAUUUAAGAUAGUAUUUUCAUUAAGCUAUCAAUUUUUUUUUCAAGGGUUGUUUCACGGGGGAAAAAAAAUAAGUAAAAAAACCUUGACUCCGUAAACCUAACGUAUUGAGGUGGAGAUGAAUGUAGUUUCUUAUCUAAUGAUUUCGAUGUCCAUAAUUAUUCAUGUAUAUAUAUUCACUGUGUGUUUUCCGCUUCAUUUAUAUUGAAAUGCAUUGCUUGUCAUUUACAACUAUGACGACACAUUUUGUUUCGAUCUAGUUAUAUCUGUUAUAGCGCCAUCUGUAUGCCUGUAAAUAUUUAUGUAUAUUACACGAAGUCCACGACCUACUUCGCGACAUAGUUGGAAAAUAAGAUUUUUCGGUUUGUUUUUAUCUCUUAUUCGAAUACCUAUAAGAAAUAACGAUUAUUUAGAUUAUACGAUUAUUUAUUUUAUGUGUUUAGAGUUUGUAUUUCUUGGACUAUUUUCCUUUACCAACGUUCAAAUUAUAAGUCAAGGUCAGGUGAUUUUUAGCUGUUGUGUAUAAAUAACUUUCAGGUCAAUGGUAUUUAUAUUUCAAGUACUUGGAAGUAUUUAUGUUUAAAUUUUACCACGGUUAGUGCGAAGAUCAAAGGAAUGUCCCGGUCAUUAUUCUGCGAGAUACCUUCAUACGUAAUAACUAAUUAUGAGAAAAUUGAUACUCAUCUCGCUUGUACUUCGUAUUUUGCUAAUGCAACAAUAAAGUCGAUAACUGCAUAAUAUCGUAUAGUGUGGUUGUUUUCGCGGUGUGAAAAAUUUGGCUUAUUCAAGCAGUUAGAUAGCUUUCCGCCAAAAUUUCACCCGCCAAAUAUGCACCUAAUUGCGACUUCAGUAUUUGCAAAAGAGAUAAAUCUUGCUUGCCCGUCAAAAUUGUAUUCCGCUAAAUUGAUUAGCAUACCUUUGAAACAGUAAAUCGCCAAAUUCUAGACACGCGAGAAAGAAGAGAAAAAAAAAAACGCUACACGGUAUGAUAUUCGAUUUUUUAAUUUGUGAACAUUAAUCAAUAUAUGUCGAUGACUGAUAAUUCAAUUCUGUAAUCAUAUAUCAUCCUUUUCUUCAGCAAAGGAUAUAUUGGAAUACGACUGGCUGAAUACUUCUGAGCCGUAGUAGAAAAGAAAUAAAGUUUUCAUUUUCGUGUAUGUUGCAGAAUAACCUCCUUGGUCUCGAAACGUUGUUUGAAAUAUACAUGUACAUAUACCGUAAAAGCCUCGGUUAACGUCCCCGCUUUUACAAUUCAAAAGAAUUGUCGACCUCGGAAAUUAUCCUGCAACAUAUACCAAAAUCGCGAUAAUUAUUUCUUAAACAAUAACCAGAAGAGCAAGUGUGGUCAACAAAUAGCAAAAUUUGAAUACUUGACAACAAAGAGAAAAUACAUAUUAUUCGACAAGAGUCGGAUUUCGUCAAGUUUGAUCAUCCCAUGCAGUACAUAGAUUGAUUAUUGGAAAAGAUAAAACGGAACAAAAACACAAUUUCAGCAAUAUUCACAUUUGAGCAAGUGCUUCCACGCUUAUCACACGUGCAUAUUUGAUUUUUUCAGUACUUAGUACGCUGCACCUUUUUCGCUUUUCAUCGUUGGACAUGUUCCUAUUAUGCAUCAGAAUGUAAAUAUUUAGAAAUAAAUUUCCUUUUUGAAAAUAUAUGAGAGCAUGAAAUUCAACGCUUCAAGCUUUUAAAUGAAGUAGACGUAAUCUGAUUAACUUUUAACAUGACGAAAAUAUUUCAGCGGAUUAACAAUUUUUGUAUUGUUUAGUUUCUAGAUUUAUUCACUUUUAUAUUAUAUUAUACAUAUCUAUAUGCCCACUAUUAGUUUCUAGUGUGCAUGUGACAAGUUUCGAUGUUUGAUAGUGAAAUACACUUGAAUUUAAGUAACAGGAAAACUUGGGGAAAAAAUAACAUGUACAUGUAAGUGUUUAACGAUGCUAACGAUGAUGCAUGUACAAGUGUUAUUUUGACACUUGUUUAUAAAUUAAAACGUGAUGCUAUAGAUUUGAU